AUGCGACGAGACGUUCAAGAGAUUUUCAAGACGACCCCUCACCACAAGCAGGUGAUGAUGUUCUCCGCCACGCUCAGCAAGGAGAUCCGACCGACGUGCAAGAAGUUUAUGCAGAGCGUAAGUUGGGUGUCAUUCUACCUCCGCUGGAGUUGAACACAGCAACUGAUGAUAGAAUCUCUUCCUCAACGCGCACACAUCAACAGCCCUUGGAAAUCUACGUCGACGACGAGAAGAAGCUCACGCUCCACGGUCUGCAACAACACUACGUCCGCCUCGAGGAGUCGGCCAAGAACCGCAAGCUCAAUGACUUGCUUGACUCGCUCGAGUUCAACCAGGUACAUUGCCUUUCGGCCUGAGAGGACCGGAUGCCCAUCGAUAACUAAUUCACGUGGCAACCACGCAGGUCUGCAUCUUCGUCAAGUCCGUCUCGCGUGCGAUUGAGCUCGACCGAUUGUUGCGCGAGUGCAACUUCCCUUCGAUCGCGAUUCACUCUGGCUUGAAGCAAGAGGAGCGCAUCAAGCUCUACCAGCAGUUCAAGGCGUUCGAGAAGCGUGUGCUCGUCGCCACUGAUGUCUUUGGUCGAGGUAUCGAUGUCGAGCGAGUCAACAGUGCGUAUAUCUCGGCAGCCAUGGAGUCACUGACGAGAACAGAGUACUGACCGUGGCGAAUACGAUUGAUGCACAGUCGUCAUCAACUACGACACCCCCGGAGAAGCCGACUCGUACCUCCACCGAGUCGGCCGUGCCGGUCGUUUCGGGACCAAAGGUCUGGCCAUCACCUUUGUCUCGAACGACGAUAACGAGGAAGUGCUCAAGGCCAUUCAAUCGAGGUUCGAGGUCGAGAUCAGCGAGUUGCCCGAAACGAUCGAUGCGUCGACCUACAUGAACGCAUAA